AUGGAUCUGCUCAAGCGUAUCUCUUCAAAAUCUGACCCAGAUACAAUAAAUCUACACUUUCCUUACCCUGAUUGUUUUCUCUCGUUCUUUCUCUUUUCUUCUUUGUGUCCUUCAUCUUUGUUUUUCUCUUCUUUUUCCCUGGUUUUCUUUCAAUUCUCUUUCAUAUGUAUCUUUUUCUCUUCCUUCGUUUUCUGUCUUUCUUUCGCUCUUAUAUUUUCAUUUUACAUUCUCUUUCUCCUUCAUUUUCUUUCUCUGAUUUAUAACAAAUGUUCUUUUGUAGCUUCUGAUUUCCCUUCUUUGUUUACCGGUAAUGCCACUGCUGAGAGAUUUCUUCUUUCAGCCUCCUCUCUCUCUCUCUCUCUCUCUCUCUCUCUCUCUCUCUCUCUCUCUCACACACACACACACGCUUUCUCUCUUUUUCACUAUUACUCAAUCUUCCACUCUCAUUCUCUGUCUCUUUCACUCUCUCUUUCACUCUCUCUUACACUCUCUCCCACGCUAACCCUAACUCUCUCUUUCUUCCUCCUACAAUUUUCUUCCUUCAUUUUUCCUUCCCUUUCUUUCUUUCUUUCUUUCUUUCUUUCUUUCUUUCUUUUGCCCCUUUCCCCAUAUUCUUCUUUUUCUCACCCUCCUCCAUUUUUCUUUCUUCCUUUUUCCCUCCCUUUCUUACUUUAUUUCUUCUUUUUCUCAUCCUCAUCUACUUUUCUUUCUUUCUUUCUUUCUUUCUUUCUUUCUUUCUUUCUUUCUUUCUUUCUUUUGCCCCCUUCCUCAUAUUCUUAUUUUUCUCACCCUCCUCCAUUUUUCUUUCUUUCUUUUUCCUUCUCUUUCUUUCUUUUUUUUUUCUUUCUUUCUUUCUUUGUCAUCCUCCUCCAAUUUUCUUUCUUUCUUUCUUCCUUUCUUUCUUUCUUUCUUUCUUUAUUUCACUGA